CCAACCUGACGGCGUCUUGCGUACACGACGUUCUCACCACUUGGUAGUUGUUCACCCUCUAUACGUCUCUACAAACCUCCAUCGCCCAGGUCACUUGAGGUCACAGUAUGGUUGUCGUGGGUCAGAGGUCAGUCCUGGCUGUCCUGGUGAUCAUCAUGACAGCUCGUAUCACCAGCUCUCAGAAAGGAGGAGGAGGCACCAUACGGGUUCUCUCCUUCAACAUGGACGGGGCUCAGCGGGAUAAUACCUGGAUCAAGUACGGGGAGUCGGUGCGAAUGGCCGAGGACUAUACCUUGUGUGUCCGCUUCAACAUCUGGGUGUUCCGCCUCCUCACUGCCGUCAUCUACUUCCUGGCCACUCAGGACUACGACGAAGACCCCAUCUCGUUCGAGGUGUACUUUGAGAAGAUCCGGACCAAGUAUGGCGGGUACGGCCGGUUCUACUCGCUACCAGCCAACCUAGCCACCAACAAGUGGUACCAUUACUGCCAGGUCCGGGACGUGAGUGGAGGAGAAGGGAGGGUCUACCUGGACGGGGACCUCAUUGUCAGGGAGGAGGUGGCCUUCGUCACAGACACCAAUACCCGGGAUGUGGUUAUCGGCCAGGACGAGUAUCAGCUUCCGUAUUCGCUGAGCGGGAUGUUGAGUCAGGUGAACGUGUGGGGUCGAGUCCUCACCCACGACGAGAUCCUGAGUGUGUCCCGCUGUGAGGUUGAUCUUGAGGGAGACGUGGUGACGUGGUCCAAUCAGUGGCAGAUGGAACAAGUGGAAGAGCAGGAGGUACCGUUGCAGGAGCUGUGUGCUUCGGUGUCACGAGGUUUCCUGACGGUGCCGCUGCCGCUUCUAAGGUUUCCUGACGCCGUCCACGUCUGCAGAGGACUGAGAGGCUUCAUCCGCGUGCCCACAAAACGUGAGGAAAUCGUCAAGGAGAUCAGCUACUUUCAGGGUGCCGAAGAGUGUGACCGGCAGUGGGCGGGCGUGACGGACGAGGCCCAGGAGGGGGUGUGGCAUGACCCAUUCACCGCCUCCUCCAGGAAUACCAGCGAACUGUUGUUUCGUGAGAACAACCCAGAUGGAGACAAGUACCAGAACUGCAUCCGACUGCACGUAAAGGGGCUGGAAGACACCAGCUGUGAGAAACACAGCUGCUCUGCCUGUCACACCCCCGCCGGCACCACCUGGACACUCAGGGGCAUCUGUGAGGAGGAGAAGAGAAUGUACUACUUCGACCUGGUGGGGAAGCCCCUUGGGUUCCGUGGGUACGGCGAAUACGCGGUGAAGGAGAUAAUGACAGGGGAGGACGUCAUUGGGUGGCUAUGGUACAACACCAUCACCAACACCACCAUGGCCACCCUCCAUAACCGUCAAAAAGAUCGCACCUACCCCAUUGGCAGACUCACCUGGGAGACCAAGGAGGAUAUAUGUGAACAGCCGCCAGGCCAGAGGUUGUUGACAUUCUCCUCGUGUUCUUCCACGGAGUUCACCUGUUCCGACGGUUCCUGCGUACCCUUCGCCAGCCGCUGCGACCUGAAGUUUGACUGCGGUGACAAGACGGACGAGAGCUUUUGCGACAUCGUAAACUUCCCUGAUGACUACAGGUCAAAACUCCCCCCGAGGCCAGCCAGUGACCGUGCCCUGGCCAUCUCGGUGAACGUGACUAUGGACACCCUCAACGUGGACACCACCACCAUGAUGCUCACCGUCAGCUACAACCUCCGCAUCACCUGGUACGACAACAGACUCACUUACAACAAUCUCAAACACCUGACUAGACUUAACACAGUGUCGCAGGAGCAGGUGGACCAGCUGUGGCGGCCCACCAUUGGCUUCAUCAACACAGACGACAUCCAGAACACCAUCGUCGACUCAGACGCAAUCACCACCAUCAACAGGGGAGACACCCACUACCUCCCUGACCUCUCCAACCCUUACGAAGUUGAGAUCUACCAGGGGAACACGAACCCUGUGUCCACCACCCGCAAGUACAACACAGUGUUCACCUGCUUCUUCGACCUCAUCCUCUAUCCCUUCGACAUCCAGAACUGUUACAUGAAUUUCCAGAUCAUCUCCGCCUCCUCCGAGUACCUCAUCUUCAACCUCACAGACUCGUUCGUGGAGUAUCUGGGACCUAAAAUGUUGGUGGAGUACAGCAUCGGGACCAUCGACUUGGAUGUGAACAACGCCUCCCAGUACAGUGUGUCGCAGGUGAGGGUGGAGCUGAUCCGCCGCUACGGGUACGCCAUGCUCAACAUCUACAUCCCCUCCCUCACCCUCCUCAUCAUCAGCUAUGUCACCCUCCUCUUCAGGCCCUCCAUUUUCGAGGUUCGAGUGAUGACGGCCCUCACCUCCCUCCUCGUGCUGGCUACCUUGUUCACCCAGGUGUCCACGUCCCUUCCAAAAACUUCCUACUUCAAGAUGGUCGACAUUUGGCUUCUAUUCUGCAUCGUCCUCAUCUUCCUCAUCAUCAUCUGGCACACCGUGAUCGACCUCCACGUCGAGUACAAAGACGGAUUUGGGUUCGGGAUCAACACUUACACGAACAGUAACAAACCCCCAGAAACCUGGGCUGACUCUCCGUCGAGUGGCAGCGUCAGUAAUGUCACUUCCAUCAAAGUACGACCUGUAUCGAGUGCCAGAACACUCGACGUCGAUAAAAAAAAGAAACUGCUGUUUUGCGGGAAACUUGCCAGAGUAGAAUUCAACCUGCAGUUCUACAUCAAGACGUCAAAGAUUUCCAUGUCGGUCAUCUUCAUCACGUUCAACCUGAUAUACUGGGGCACCCUCACCGUGGGCUCUGGCCUCGUCUACUUUUAUUAAGUUCACUAAGUGUAAUCAAUAUAUGAUUUGGGAAUGGAGGAACUUGUGACGCUACUUUGAAACCAAUAGCAUAGGCCAGUUAACUGUGAUGAAAGUACUCUCUCAACUCCAUUAACUGCGAUGGAAUUUGCAAUAGCAAUAAUAAGUACAAUAUUGUUAUUAUUAAUAUCGUUAAUUCGUAAGUUAAAUAAUUAUGCUAACAAAAAAUAUUUAAAUAAUACUACUAACAAUAAUUGUCAUCUCUGAAAUAACUUCAGCCAUUUACUCUGUAUCAUUAAGGAUAAAAUUAUUACCUUGUUUAUUUUGUCUCGUGUUUAAUACA